AUGGCAGAUAACGACGAACAGCUUCAAACCAACACCUAUGUUUGGAGCCAAAGCAAUGAUCAAGUAACCAUCUCCUUCUUGGUUCCUGAAACAGCGAAAGCAAAGGAUUUGGAUAUUACCAUUGAAAGACAAUAUCUGAAAGCAGGCAUUAAAGGAGAGGAACCUGUCAUCCAGGCUAAAUUGUUCCAACCUAUCAAUCAUUUCGAAUCAUUAUGGCAGCUCGAAAAGAACAGUAUGUCACCCUUUUCAUCGCUUACAGCCUCUCCUAGUCUCUCAGUUGCAUCAUCUUAUGCAUUCAUGUCAUCACCCAACCACUCGCCCAACUCCUCCAUGAUCCUGCCAUCAGCCGCUGAUACUGGCAUGUCGGAAAUGUCAGAUCUGCUCGCUGCUGCACAGUCCAACAACUCACCUACCAUGUCCGAAGACAGCAUCUCACAGCCUAAUUCACCUACGUUACUUCAUACCCCACCUUCGAUCGCUACCCCACCUCAUCUCAAGAAACCCAAAUAUAGAAUUCUGACCAUUCAUCUGGAGAAAGAAGACGAUAUUGCCGAGUGGGCUGUUCCCAUUGCGGGACCACAUCAAAAGACAAACACAAUGGAUGUCACUUCAUCUUAUUUAUUGGGUCAAUGGUUUGAAGUGCGCAUGGGCGAUCUUGUGAAAGCGCUCGAGUAUUUUGAAUCAGCUGCCGAAAGAGGCCAUACUCUGUCAAUGAUCAAAGCAGCAGGAUUGUACGAAACCAACAAGGAAACCACCAUUGCAAAGAAGAUCCCCGAAAAAGACAGCAAAAAGGCAUUUGAAUGGUACAAGCGUGCAGCGGAUUGUGAGGAGCAACCAUUUGGCAGAGAGCUCAGCAAUGGCCCUGAUCCAUUAGCAUGCUAUAUUGUGGGUACAUCUUAUGGAAGUGGACUGCCCGAGGCAGAUGUGGAGAAAGACUACCAAAGCGCAUUGUACUAUUACAACCGUUGCAUGACCAUCACAGCACCUCGUAUUGAUAUCGACUUUUCCCUGCUGGAUCUGGAACAUAUCCCCAAGAGCAAAUUGCGCAACCAUGCACCCCAUACUCGCGAUGAGCGUUAUUUCUGUAGCUCAGCCUUCCAAACAGGUCUCAUCUAUUUAUACGGCUCACAGCCUGAAGGCGAACAAAUGCACUCUACUACAUUGGUCGAGGUUGAUCCGGAUCUUGCAGUCAGAUAUUGGAAGGAGGCUGCCAUGCUGGGCCAUGCUCAAGCAUGUUUCAACAUUGGCAUUUUGUAUGCAAAUGGUAUGGGCAUCGAGCAAGACAUUUGGACAGCAGGCAAAUGGUUUGGCAGAGCGAUGAAACUGGACACAACUGGCAAUCUGGUCGUCCCUGAAGGCGUCCGCAUCAUUGACUGGGAUUUGACCAAAGAGCAACAAGAGGAACAAGAGGAGCAAGAAAAGAAGACGGUUACCAGUGACAAGAAAAAGAAGAGAAAGAGAAGAGUCAAGCGUACAAACAAGACCAAGCAAAGAGGAGAUAUUGUGGGUGCCAUUGUGGCGUUAGGAUCUGUUAUUGCGGUGGCUAGUAUCGCAUGGUAUUUGUAUUCAAGAGGAAAGAAGAGUCACCGUUAA